AUGAACAUCCUGGGUUGGGCUCCCGAACGUCGUAAAGAUGUUUCCAGCACACCUCCGGCUAACCAGAUAAUAACUUUGGACCUUUACCAUCCACAACUCAUGGACCCCGUCCUGGCAGAGUCGCAUUCUUCAACCCCUGUUUCUCCCUCCAUGUCCUCCUCCACAACACCCUCCGAAUCGUCGCGGCCACAAACCCCCCCGAGGAAAGGUGAUCCUGAUUGGGUAGCGCGUCCUCGCAACUGUUUCUUCAUUUUUCGCUGCGAAUAUAUCAAGGAACAUUCUCGUGGUGGUAAGGAUGCGCCUUUACUGGGCACUAACGAUCAGGGCCUCUCGAAACGAGCUGGCCAAGCCUGGCGACGGCUUAGUCCUGCGGAAAAGGCGAAGUACGAACGGUUGGCUGACGCGGAGAGGAUCCAACACGCAAGGGACCAUCCGGACUAUAGGUUUCGGCCUACUCGGAACGACUCGAACAGGAGAACCGAUAAGCCCUAUGCCCGCCGAACGAGAACACGAGCGUCGGUCUCAACGUCGUCCUCGUCUAGCAGGCGUCCCAAGGGGCAGGUUCUGGAAAGGGCUCAGACUGAGAGUGCUUUUGCUACCUCCCAUCUUUUGCAAUCCCGUCCGAACAGUCCCUUUGGGUCGCCCCUCCGAUCUCCAAGCAUCCAUCCAGAGGAGCCCAUGGCAUCUCGACCGAGGUCGCUCUCUGUACCACCCCUGUUCACAUUCCCGCAUUACCCACACCCACACUCGGGGGGAACACCACAUGAAUUGCGACGCGUUGUUUCGAACCAAGAGACAAAUCUUCCCAUGGCAGGGCCGACUUCUCACAUGUCCUUCGCGGCUUCUCAAGAGUUGAUAUAUCCUGGAGAAGGAUCGACCCCCAGAGACCAUGGCAGUAGGUCAAUAUCUGGUCAUCAAUCUCCCUAUCAGCAACCCUGCCACUCUGCAUUCGCAUACAACGUAUCGCCCUUUGCAGCUGUAUCAUCAUCUCUCGCAAACUGGAACGGUGCCAGCUUCCACUCUACACCCUACGGUCUGCCACUAUCGAUGCCUCUUUUGAGUCAGUCGUGGUCAGCCGACCCGUUCUUCAGUGAGGCUUCCUCACCCGACGAAUCGUCAUCGCAAAUACAUUCACCCUCAUACGCGAACCCACCAGCGAUCAAUCUAGAACCUGGGAUUGAAUACAUACCCGAUGAAAACCCUGCCAUUACUCACGAAUUCCCUCACUUUGGAUCCGCUGAACACUCCGUGCAUGAUAUCUCGAUGAGAGAGUACAGUCCCAACAACUCAGCGCGCGCUAAUGCUUUAGAAACCCCUGGAAUCGGUUUGGCCGAGCGUGGUACUAGCGAAAUCAAUGGAGGAUUUUUGAACUUCGACUUGUCGAUUUCCGACGAGCAGAGGCUGUUUGAUGGAUUGGUUGCGUUGUAG